AUGGCUAGUUUGUGGCAGCCCCCUCUGAACUAUCUCAACCGACCCGUUGCCGUCUUAGGUGCCGGUGUUCUUGGGCGAAGGAUAGGUAGGCAAUGCUCACGAUUAUCGUGUAUUUGGGCAUCAGCAGGCUACAAUGUGAAAAUUCGGGACCCCAGUGCACAGCAACGUGCCGACGGUGUUGCGUACGUCGAGGAAAACGUGUCUUCAUACGCCCAGAAGACUGGAAAGACUCCUGGAAAAGCAGAGGCUUUUGAGGAUAUGCAAGCUGCUGUCUCUGAUGCCUGGCUUGUCAUAGAAGCUGUUCCAGAAAAGAUUCAGUUGAAGAUCGACACCUUUGCUGAACUGGACGCUCUCACACCUGCCGAUUGCAUUCUAGCUUCGAACUCAUCCUCAUACAAGUCGUCCGAAAUGCUCGAGAAAGUCUCUGCUGCUAGAAAGACUCAGAUCCUAAAUAUGCACUACUAUAUGCCCCCAGAAUGCAUGGUCGUGGAGCUUAUGACGGACGGCCAUACAACGCAGGAUAUUUUCCCAUUCAUGGUUGAACGGUCACGAGAGGCAGCGACGUUGCCAUAUGUCGCAAGGAAAGAGUCCACAGGCUUCAUCUUCAACCGCCUCUGGGCGGCUAUUAAACGUGAGGCUCUGACUAUUCUGGCUCAAGGGGUAUCCGUGCCGGAGGAGAUCGACUCCAUGUGGACAGAAAUGUUCAUAAAAGGUGGCAUGGCGCCUUGCCGAACGAUGGACAAUGUUGGUCUUGAUACGGUGGCUUUCAUUGAGAACCAUUAUAUCGCAGAGCGUGGCUUGUCACCUGAGUUUACCGUCAACUUUUUGCAACAAAACUAUCUCGACAGUGGUAAACUUGGAACUAAAAGCGGAAAGGGAGGUCUCUACUCUCCAGAGACUAAGACCAUUGCUACCAAUGGUACUCUGAGUGCCCCCAAUAUGCUCGUUCUGGAUGUUGGUCUUUCUGCUGCUACGCCCAGCAUGAGCUCAGGUGAAAUCCUCCAAUUCAGCCCAGGUGCAAAAGCCCCGCAAAUUCUGGUCAAGGGCCAGGCAUUGCCUGAUGGCAUCGAUAUUGACCGCCCAAGCGGUCGUAUCUUCUGGUCUAAUAUGGGCAUUCCGGGAAAGGUUGAUGGAGCCAUUUAUUCCGCAAACGCUGAUGGGACUGAUAUUCGCACCCUUGUGGCUCCCGGCACUAUCAACACCCCUAAGCAACUGAUCGUUGAUAGUUUGAGCCAGGAAAUCUAUUUUAGCGAUCGUGAGGGCCUUUCUGUUUACCGCUGCAACUUUGAUGGCUCUAACCUGGAGCUGUUGAUCAAGAACGGCGAUUUUGAGAACCAGGAGCAUAGACAAGACGUCUCCAGAUGGUGUGUCGGCGUCACUGUGGCUCCCAAGCUUGGCAAAUUUUACUGGACUCAGAAAGGACCCUCAAAGGGUAACAACGGCCGGAUUUUCUGCGCUAACAUUACAACUCCUGCGGGUCAGUCGGCCCAAUCACGAGAUGAUAUUAAGUGUCUCUUGAAGGAUCUCCCCGAAGCCAUCGACCUCGAGGUGGAUGAAGAGACAAACACUCUCUAUUGGACUGAUCGCGGCGAAAUUCCCUUUGGAAACUCCUUGAACAAGGUUCAGUUAGAUGGAUCUGGCCUCACAGAAAAGCCCCUCUCUUUUGGAGAUUACGAAGUGCUCACCAGGCAUCUCAAGGAGGCCAUUGGCUUGAAAUUGGAUACCAAGAAUGGCCGCAUCUACAUGACUGAUCUCGGUGGCAACAUCUACCAGUGUGAUCUUGAUGGUAAAAACAAGAAGGUUCUCUAUUCAGACGACUUCAGAGCUUUUACUGGAAUCACUCUACUGUGA